CGUUGCAUGUCUUUCUUCCAGCCACACAGACAGGAAGUACUGGCAGCAGGCACAACACCAUGCAACUUCCUGCUGAGGCACAUCAUCAUCAUCUAUCCAUAUGUCACUUUUUGAAGCCUUCCCUGUGAGAGACACACGUUACAGUGAUGGGAUUCUGCAGCAAAGUGGACGGCUGGGUGUAAGAGAAGAUGGAAGCUAACUGCAGUUGGACUAAUGCUGGGGCUGCCUGCCCUUUCCUCAGGACUGAUAUUUAUAGUGACAACACAGACAUGCUUCAACGAAUAGACGCUGUGGAUAAGGUGCAAGUUAGAUUUGGAAUGAGAUGCUCUUGUACUCUCUGUACCGAGUGUAUGACCCAGCAGCACUAUAGUUCCACAGCUUUGUGUAUAGCCUGUGCACCAAGGAACGCUGUCUGUUACUUUGUUACACUGUGUAUUUUGUGUAUGCUGACCUGUGCAGUUGCUGACUCCAGCCAGUGGGAUGGCCAUGGGGCUGACCAUGUAGACAUACCAGAAAGGGAGUCCGUGUGGUCAGAACCAGAUGACACAAUGUAUGAUCUUCUGCAUGGACCCACUAUGUACAGUGAGGACUCUGAUGUUAUCCCAGAGCAGGAUAUGGGGUUGAUUCCAGGACACUGGGAACAGUCAUCCUUCCAGCCAUCCAGCCCUUUUGCUGCAGCUGAUCUUGGCACUGUGAUGGUGGACUCAUAUCGGGGACCAGGAAACAGUGACACAAGAGGCAACAAGGAGCUGCCCAUUCUUCUGUGGUGGAGUGAAAACUUAUUCCCUCACUUUCCUGGGGAGACAGAGCGGAUCGAUUGUCCACUAAGCUCCUGUAUGGUGACAAAGAACAAGAGGGUGAAGCUUCACAAGAGGACUAAAGCUAUCAUUUUCUAUGGCACAGACUUCAGGGCUUAUGAGGCACCCCUGCCCAGGUUGCCUCAUCAGACGUGGGCAUUGUUUCAUGAGGAAUCUCCAAUGAAUAACUACGUUCUAUCGCAUUUACCUGGGAUAAGGCUUUUUAACUACACUGCCACAUUCAGGCGAGAGUCUGAUUACCCCCUCACCUUGCAGUGGCUGCCCACUAUUGGUUACUUGCAGAAUCCAGCAGUGCCUUUGGCCGAAAAAAACAGGUGGCGAGAAAAAGGUUAUGCACCUGUAUUGUACAUGCAGUCCCAUUGUGAUGUUCCUUCAGACAGAGACCGCUAUGUAAAGGAGUUAAUGAACUACAUACAGGUUGACUCGUAUGGUCAGUGCCUGAAGAACUGCACUUUGCCAAGCAAAAGACUUGAGGACACUUCAACAGCCACCACCGAAGAUCCAGAGUUCAUGGCAUUUACUGCAAGGUACAAGUUUCACCUGGCAAUGGAGAAUGCCAUAUGUGCUGAUUAUAUGACUGAGAAGCUUUGGCGCCCUAUGCAUUUAGGAGUGAUUCCAAUUUACCGUGGCUCCCCUUCUGUGAAAGACUGGAUGCCUAACAACCAGUCUGUUAUAUUGAUUGAUGACUUUGCUUCACCCAAGGACUUGGCAGAGUUUAUUCUCUCUUUGGACAGAGAUGAUAAGGAAUACCUCAAAUACUUAGACUACAAGAAAACUGGGGGAACAACCAACAAGUUCCUGCUGACCACUAUGGAAAAGAGAGAAUGGGGUGUGAACGACAUGACAUCACCUAACUACCUCAAUGGCUUUGAGUGCUUUGUGUGUGAUCAAGAGAAUGCUAGGGUUACAGCAGUAAAGAGGCAUAAGAAGACCCCGGGGACCCCAGUUCUGGCACCCCGCAUCGCUGGCUUUACUCACAUGGGAUGCCCUAUGCCUAUGCCUGGUAUAGGAAGUGCUGAGCAGCUCCCAGAAAAUGACAGCUGGAAGCAAAUGUGGCUGCAAGAUUACUGGCAGAGUUUAGACCAGGGGGAGGCAUUGACCACCCUGAUCCAGCGCAAUGAAACAAGCCAGGAGAAAUUUUGGGAUAUAAUGCACGAAAUGUAUAUAAAAAGGAACAUGAAUCAUUGACACAUUUUAUACAUUUAUAUGGCGUCAUUUAAAAAAAUGUUACACUAAAGAAACUAAUGGAUAAAGAUUGUCAGUAUUAUUACAUCUACCUUCUAUAGACUGUAUGAUUUACUCCAGCAAGUAAUGUCUCUCUGUGUGCCAGAGCAUUAUUUCUGCCAAAACCGUAUUCCAUGACAUGUACAAGCGGGACCUGUUUUUAAGUUCGUUUAUUCUACACGUUACACUUUUUUAAACUUAGUCAUUUUACAUUUCAAGAAGCAACAGAGAUAUACAAAUGAUCCAAACCAAGUGAAUUUGUUACAUCGUUUAUAAUCUGGAAACGAAAGUAGUUUAAAACAGAUGUUUAAAAGUGUUGUCCAAUUAGGAAAUGCCCUGAAUUAACUAAGAGCUGGCAAGAUGGAAAUGCAACUGAAAAUGCAAUUGUUGGGCUAGAUGUUUUAGGUACAAUCCAUCCUCAAAAGGUUACGUAGCUGGGAUUCAGCAUCCAGGCUAUGCAGCACAUCAUGUAUGUGUUCCUGUGGCAUCUUCACAAGAGAACAAGCAUCUUUCAACUUUUCAUGUGCAGUAAUGUGUCUGUGCAUUGUGUCAGGAGUAUCAUAUUGCUGUGUAUGUAUCAGCAUUUGUUCAGCAAAGUAUCACUGACUCACUUUUUUUGUUUGCUUUAAAUAGAUAAGGUAAUUUAGGUGGUCAUUCCGAGUUGAUCGCUAGCUGCUUUCGUUCGCUGUGCAGCGAUGAGGCAAAAAAAUGGCACUUCUGCGCAUGCGGCGCAAUGCGCACGCGCGACGUACUAUUACAACAAACGAUGUAGUUUCACACAGGGUCUAGUGAAGCUUUUCAGUCGCACUGCUGGCCGCAGUGUGAUUGACAUGAAGUGGGCGUUUCUGGGUGUCAACUGACCGUUUUCAGGGAGUGUUCGAUAAAAACGCAGGCGUGCCAGGAAAAACGCAGGCGUGGCUGGGCGAAAGCAGGGCGUGUUCGUGACGUCAAAACAGAAACUGAACAGUCUGAAGUCAUCGCAAGCGCUGAGUAGGUAUUGAGCUACUCUAAAACUGCACGAAAAAACUUUGCCUCUGCUCUGCGAUCCUUUCAUUCGCACUUCUGCUAAGCUAACAUACACUCCCAGUCGGUGGGGCAUAGCGUUUGCACAGCUGCUAAAAACAACUAGCGAUCGAACAACUCGGAAUGACCACCUUAGUCAAGAUAAACUACCCAUUAGCAGAAUAUUUACCUCAUUCCACAUUCGUCUGCAGAAUUGCACAUUUUUGGACGUAAAUGUUCCAUGUGGAGUUUCCCAUCUUUUUUGUUCUGCUCACUACUGCUAUAAUUUUUUUUUUUUUUUACUUAUACUGCUCCCUUACUAUACCCCAACUGCACCAAUGAGUAGACUGAACUGACACUGUGUUUAUGGUCUAUAAAUUCAGCAGACUGUAGAACUUACAAAUACAGUAUUUAAUGCAAUUCCAGGGAAUGGUGAAGCCUGAGUGGACUUUGUAUUGCUGUGAAACUGGAUCCAUGCAGUAUUUCACCAUAGCUUCUUCUUACCUCUUGUUGAGUUACAAUUUAUAUUGCUAACAAUUCUGCGUUUCGCUUUCAACAGAGUUUUAAGUAGCAAAAUGACUGUCUUCACCAAGCUGUACUUAUAGCUUUUGUGGCAGAGAUCUACAAGACUGAACUUUUCUAUAACCAGAUUGUUUGUCAGAUUUGGCAUUGACAUGUCAGCGUUGUCUAGAUUACAUCUACUGCGGUUGGCUAUGACUUGAUAUUCACCAAUGCUGUAACCAGUUGUAUUGUGUGGUAUAUUUUAACCUACUUGUAGCAAAGUGCAGGUGAGAUAAGGUCUCUGAACAUAGGUAAUCAUUUAAUUAAUGCCAAAACCAUUGUCAUCUUUCUUUAGCAACCGAGGACCUGGCAAAACUAAUUUUUAGGGGGAUAUGUAUCAAACCCUGAAGAGAGAUAACGUCAUUUUGCAAACACAGCCUGUAACAUAGCAUUUAGAAGUAACUUUGGGGCAGAUGUAUUAACCUGGAGAAGGCAUAAGGAAGUGAUAAACCAGUGAUAUGUGCAAGGUGAUAAAGGCAGCAGCCAAUCAGAUCCUAACUGUUAAUUUACAUAUUGGAGCUGAUUGGCUGGUGCCUUUAUCACCUUGCACAUAUCACUGGUUUAUCACUUCCAAGUUCCUUAUGCCUUCUCCAGGUUAAUACAUCUGGCCCUUUAUCCCCACGUUCUCUCUCCCUUAGUCACCUAUUAUGCCCAGGAGUGCUGCCAGAGAUUUUGCCCAGUACUGCUGCCAAAUAAAGCUCCAUACUUUAUACAGGCAUUGCACCAUACACAUCACUCCUAGCAGUGAUCUACACAUUAAUGCAGCAGUGUAAGAGCUGUGUCCUGUACAUUGCACAAGCAUAUGUCAUUAGUUUCCCUGCACAGUAUAACAACAGGUCCAUGCACACAAAGCCAGCAGUAUACUCAGAUUAUUUGAGCAUUUAUGCAAAAAUGUGCAGGCAGAUCUAAAGCUACCAUUGUGCAGGUUAAAAGUCGGCAAAGGAAUGUCCUCGCCCAGGGGCUUUAGAUGAGCUCUGGUUUACCUCACUGUCUCUAUGUAAUGCUUGCAGCAAUCAUUCAGAUUCAAUAGUCAGUCGAGGAUGAGCACAGAGAUUGACACAGACAUUGAUUGUAUUGCUUGAAGUCUCAUAAUAUUGGGCAGCAGCACAGUCUUCCGCUUCAAAUCGAUCCACGACUCCCCAACCAUCUAACAAAUGGCCCUUGGAUAGGUUGGAGGAGGCUUACUCUACCAUGUGACAACAGUGUUAUUACUGCACUCUUCUAGAACCUGCCAGCAGUAGAGUCACCCUGUCUCCUACAUCUGACCACCUGGGCACAGAUCUUCUCUAGCUGUAAAAUAUAUAUCACCCAAUAUGUAUACUGGCACAGUGUGUGUUGGCACACUACUGUGACAUGUAUGACGGACAUGGGUAAAAUGUAAAUGUUACACUCCAUUGUGAAAUGAUAGAUUUUUGAUUAUAGUGGAAAAUAGCACCUUUGAGACCUGUGUUGAUGCAUACAACAAUGUAGGGCUCACUAAAUCCUGGGGUCCAGAUCACCAUGGCUUUGCUGCCUGGUGACCAGAUUAUGCAGGGAGGGAGGAAGCAGAUCAUCGUCAGCCCCAGCAGAGAUUCGUGGGCGUGCCUGUGUUACGGCGGCCAUUUCACGCACAGGAAUGCAUGUGCUGAGUGUCCGUCUCAGCCUGCACUGACUCUUCCUGUGCGUCCCAGCCUGCGAUGUCUGCUGUCUCCACACUCCGGCUGCAUAGAGCUCUCCUUUAAGAGGGUCUAUGCGUGGCCAGGGAUUGCGGCUUCAGAGGGGGUAGUAAUGUGGUGGGGAGGGGACUGUUUGCCUGGGAGUGGCUUGUCUGGGGGUACCCGCUUAGUGGCUUUGGGGGUUGGUUGCCCUGGUGGUGGGUAGCUACUCAGUAAUGUGGCUGCGGGGGUUUAGUUUUUUGUUGUUGUUUUUUUUGGGGGGGUGGGGGGCGGUGGUCUUGCUCUUUACUUUCAUCCUGGCUCCUAGAUUUUAGAAAAAUUUGUCAAGCCCUGCAGUAAUGUCUCUUAACAAGAGGUAAAGAAGGGUCUACUAUGCUUGCCCGGCUAUCAGGAUCCCGUUGCCCAGCAUACCGGCGCCAGGAUCCCGACCGCCGGACUGCUGGCAGAGUGACGAGCGCAAAAGAGCCCCUUGCAGGCACGGUGGCACUCUGUGCACACCACGCUAUUUAUUCUCCCGCCAGGGGUGUCUUGGACACCCUAAGAGUGAAAAUAGUUGUAGGUAUCCCGGCGGUCGGGAUUCCGGCGCCGGUAUGCUGAACGCCAGUUUCCCGAAAGUCGGCAUAUCAAGUGCCACCCGGUAAAGAAUAAUGCAGUGCUUCCUCUGUAACACCAGCUCAGAACCAGUUAUAGAGAUGGUGGUGAUUGGAGAGGGUGACAGACACCUGUUGCAUUUUUGUCCAGAGAAAAUACCUGAAUGUAAGUGGAAUACUUUUAUAAAUGAAAUGUUACAUCACUCCCUGUUACAAUUUGUACUGUAUUGGUGAAACCUGUAUAGACUUUAUUGCUGUUUUGUAAUAAAGAACCCAUUGAAUAAGAA